AUGGUGUUUGGCAAAAUAGCAAACGCCAAAAGUGUAAAGGAAGCAUGGAACACGUUGAAACUAUCAUACAAAGGCGUAAAUAAAGCUCAGAAAGCAAAGCUACAGUUUUUAAGAAGAGAAUAUGAAAGGUACGAGAUGUCUAGCUCAGAAACUGUUGAGCAAUAUUUUACUCGUGUUACAGAUCUUGUCAAUAAAAUGAGAGUCUAUGGAGAAGAUAUGCCCGAUAGCAAAGUGGUGAAAAAAAUUCUUCGCACCAUGCCGAUGAAGUAUGACCAUGUGGUGACUACAAUACUAGAGUCUCACAAUAUGGAUACCAUGACAAUUGCAGAGUUGCAAGGAACCAUGGAAAGCCAUAUUAGUAGAAUACUGGAGAAAUCAGAAAAAUCAACUGAGAAAGCCUGA